AUGACAAGGUGCACAGUGACUGGAAAAAUGGAAACGUAUGUGGAUUCAUGUCCCCAUAACAUCACAGAGGUUUUAGAGUCCUCCUCCAGGCUGGGGUGUGGUCAGGACAAGUAUGGGAACGAUCAGUAUCUCUGUGUCCCUAACACAGACAAAACAGGACUUAUAGAACUCUGUUACAAUGGAACCAUGGGAUUAAUAAAAAGAGGCAACUGUUUGGAAACUGAUGGAGAAAAUCUUUACUGGAACAACUGCCUUGGAUUUGUAUCAGGUUGUCCUGAAAAGGAAUAUCGAAGCAAUGAAAUAUACCAAUAUUCUGCCUGUCAAAGCAUCAAUGCACAGCACAAUUGCUAUCUUGCUGAAUCAUCAUGUCCUAAUAUAAGACUUAACCUGAAUGAAAACUGUCUCAGAGCAGUCUUAGAAAUUGUUAUCUGGAUAGUUUUUGCUGUGUCCGUCCUAGAAAGCAUUCUCAGCCAUCCAAGAUAG